AUGCGGUUGAGGCAAUUCUGCGGGGUGUUGCGGCUGGCGUUCAGCAUGCUGAGCGGAAGAGACAGCUGCGCUAAUGCACCGAUCGGACAGGUGAACCGCAAGAACAACCCACGAUCGUCUUCCAGGCGCUGUCGCUACAGCAGAGACUCUUCUGCGACAUCUAGCGAAACCCACUACCAGUGCCUUCUGUACCAGCCCAACCCGUCUUGUCUUCGCGCCUCCCCAGCCCCCUCACUCUCACUGUCACUCGAGGCUUCACCGCUCGGAGUUCGAAACUUGGCACUCCGCACACUGCGCUCACAACAGGACAUCCCCCAAUUUUCAGAGGCGACGAUUCUCGGCCGACUAGUAGCCUGGUCAUCGUAUCUUUCGGUGCUUAGGACCUUGGCCUAUGAUUUCUCCGGGUUCCCUGGCCUCUGGGACGCAGCCAGCUCUCCUCCUAGUGCUCCUCUGCUCGGUGAGAACGCGGGCUUGCGCUUAGGUGUCAGCUUUUCGCUCCCUUGUCGCUGGCCUUCGCGCAACUCUCGUCAAAUUCAGCUUCACGGGCUUCGUUUGGUGGUUCUCUUUGGCGGGACUUCCCAGGCCUCAGGCACUAUCCUUCCGAUUUACUCUAACUCAGGGACCAAUGAUGGCUCUGGUGACUGGCAGCUUGACCUCUAUCGAUGGGGGAAUUGGAGGUCUUACAAGGAGAAUUUCUGCUGA